GAGCUACUUCACCAUAUCCGAGUCACAAACGAACACACACACCCCUAACAGCGACAGAAAUGGCUCACUCGUAUCUCCUCCUCCUCUUCCUGCUAGUGUUCCUCACCUCCACCUCCAGCUCGCGGUCCAUGGCGCAGCUGGCCACCGAUCAAGAAACGCUCCUAACAAUCAAGAAAGACUGGGGCAGCCCACCUGCACUCAGCUCAUGGAAUCCCCAGAACGCUUCUUCCCACUGCAGCUGGGCAGGGGUCAGCUGCGACAAGAAUGGCCAAGUGACCAAGCUAUCCUUCCCUAAUCUCAACAUAACCAAUCCGAUCCCAGCUUCCAUUUGCACCAUCAAGAGCCUGUCGUACCUAGACCUUUCCUACAACAAUCUCACCAACCAGUUCCCGACGGCGUUCUAUGGCUGCUCGGCUCUGCAGUACCUCGACCUGUCCAACAAUCACUUCUCCGGUGCCCUCCCGGCUGACAUCGAUAAUUUGUCGCCGGAGAUGGAGCACCUCAACCUGUCAUGCAAUGGCUUCACCGGCAGCGUGCCGCUGGCGAUUGCCGCGUUCUCCAAGCUCAAGUCCCUCGUUCUUGACACUAAUAGCUUCAAUGGGACUUAUCCGAGCUCGGCCAUUGCAAAGCUCAGCAUGCUCGAGACGCUAACUCUGGCAAAUAACCCCUUCGCGCCAGGCCCUAUCCCUGAUGAGUUCAGAAAGCUUACCAAUCUGAAGAUCCUAUGGCUGUCAGGGAUGAACCUGACAGGCGGCAUCCCCGACGGACUCUCGUCACUCACUGAGCUGACGACGUUGGCUCUGUACGACAACAAGCUCGACGGUGGAAUCCCGUCAUGGGUUUGGAAGCUUCAGAAGCUCGAGUUCCUGUACCUUUACGAGAACAGAUUCACGGGUGGGAUUGGGCCAGAGGUCACCGCCUUCAGCUUGCAACAGCUCGACCUGUCGGCGAACUGGCUCACCGGACCGAUGCCGGAGGCCAUCGGCGAGAUGAAGAACUUGAAAAUGCUCUACUUGUACUACAACAACCUCACCGGCCCGAUUCCGGCGAGCAUCGGGCUGCUCCCGAACCUCGUGGACAUCCGGCUGUUUAACAACAGGCUCUCCGGCCCCCUCCCGCCGGAGCUCGGGAAGCACUCGCUGCUCGGCAACCUUGAAGUCAGCGACAACCUCCUCAACGGCACGGUCCCGGACACCCUCUGCCUCAACAAGAAGCUCUACGACAUCGUGCUGUUCAACAAUGAGUUCUCCGGCGAGCUCCCGGCGGCCCUGGGGGCGUGCGACACGCUGGACAACAUCAUGCUGCAGAACAACCACCUCGCCGGCGCGUUCCCGGAGGAGGUAUGGUCGGCGUUCCCCAAGCUGACCACCGUCGAGAUACAGAACAACAGCUUCACCGGCACUCUGCCCAGCGUGAUAUCCUCCAACAUCACACGGAUUGAGAUGGGGAACAAUCUGUUCUCCGGCGAAGUGCCGUCCUCGGCACCGGGGCUCAAGAGCUUCAUGGCGGAGAACAACCGGUUCUCCGGCGAGCUGCCGGCCAACAUGUCGGGGUUCGCCAACCUCACCGAUCUGAACCUCGCGGGGAACCAGAUUUCGGGUUCGAUUCCACCUUCCAUCCGAUCAUUGGGAAGGCUGAGUUACCUGAACCUCAGCAGCAAUCUGAUCUCCGGUGGGAUCCCGGCGGAAAUCGGUCUGCUGCCGGUGCUCACCAUGCUUGAUCUCUCCAACAACGAGCUCACUGGCAAAAUACCAGAGGAGCUGAACAACCUCGGCCUCAGCAGCCUCAACCUCUCUUCCAACCAACUCACCGGCGAGCUCCCCGAGUCGCUGCAGAGCCCGGCAUUCGAUGAGGCGUUCCUCGGGAACCCUGGCCUCUGCGCCACGGUGAACCUGAACAUGAACAUUCCGGCGUGUUACCGUGGCCACAACCAGAUGUCAACCGGCCUGAUCAUCCUGUUCUCGGUGGUCGCCGGCGUCAUCCUCAUUGGUGCCGUUGUGUGCUUCAUCAUCCGGCGGAAGACGCGCGGGUGCGACCUGACGACGUGGAAGGUGACGCCGUUCCGCAAGGUGGACUUCACCGAAAGCGACAUACUCAGCAAGCUCCGCGAGGAGAACGUGAUCGGCAGCGGCGGGUCCGGCAAGGUGUACCGCGUCCACCUCGGAGGCCGCGUCGGCGCGGUGGUGGCCGUGAAGAAGCUGUGGAGCAGGGGCAAGGCCGAGGAGAAGCUGGACAAGGAGUUCGACUCGGAGGUGAGGAUCCUCGGCGACAUCCGGCACAACAACAUCGUGAGCCUCCUCUGCUACAUCUCCAGCGAGGACACCAAGCUGCUGGUGUACGAGUACAUGGAGAACGGCAGCCUCGACCGGUGGCUGCACCCGCGGGACCCGGCCGGCGCCGGCGCCACGGCGCCGCUGGACUGGCCGACGCGGCUGGGCAUCGCCAUCGACGCGGCGAGGGGCCUGAGCUACAUGCACCACGAGUCCGCGCAGCCCAUCAUGCACCGGGACGUCAAGUCCAGCAACAUCCUGCUCGACCCGGGCUUCCGCGCAAAGAUCGCCGACUUCGGGCUCGCCCGGAUCCUGGUCAAGUCCGGCGAGCCGGAGUCCGUGUCCGCCGUCGGCGGCACCUUCGGCUACAUGGCUCCAGAGUGUGGACGCGGCGUGAAGGUGAACCAGAAGGUGGACGUGUACAGCUUCGGCGUGGUGCUGCUGGAGCUGGCGACCGGGCGGGUGGCGAACGACGACGGCGCCGAGUGCUGCCUGGUGGAGUGGGCGUGGCGGCGGUACAAGGCCGGGGGCCCUCUGCACGACGUCGUGGACGGAGACAUCCGGGACCGGGCCGUGCACGCCAAGGACGCGGUGGCCGUGUUCCUGCUCGGGGUGAUGUGCACCGGGGACGACGCGACGUCCCGGCCGUCCAUGAAGCAGGUGCUGCAGCAGCUCCUCCAGUACGACCGCACGUCCAGCGUUGCCGGCGCGUGCCGGGACGGCGGCGACGACGACAUCGCACGGGCACAACUCCCCAAGGGGAGGAAGGGCGAGCAAGGUGCCAAGAGGCCGCUGGACAGCGGCGGCAAGUUUUGGGAUGGUGACGAGGAGAGCGGCGGCUUCGUGGCGCAUCCCGUUUAACUCCAGGGUGUGUUUGCUUGGGCUAUGAUUUUUGGAAAAGCUACUGUGAGCUGUGGGCUGUGGAAAAGCUGCUGUGAAAAAGCUACUGUGGAAAAAGCAGAAAACCGUUUGGUUAGAGCAGCUGUGAGCUGUGGGAAACCGUGUGCCGUGGGUGAAAUACCUGUAAUACCCCUGAAGGUUUGUGGGACUGUAUAUAAACCAAAAUACUCGUACAAAUAUGUUCACUAUUUCGCAUGUAAA